AAUUGCUCAACACUGGCAUUGCACGCGAUGGCAGCGACGACGACACAACAAACAGAAUUUCAAAAGAAUUUUCGCUUAAUUGUUGAGAAAAUCUUCAACAAUUGGCAAAAUUUACGUCUGGCUGUUGAGCAUGGCAUGGGCGGACGCAAUGGCCAGCAGGUGGCCAUACAAAUCAUGGAGUACACUUUUGAGUACUGCGUGGGCAACGAGAACAUAACGCAGGGCGAGCUGCAGGAGGUGAUCGAGGAGCUCAUGGAUCAGGAAUUCAAUACGCUAUGCGACGAUCACUCGAUACCAGAGAUUUGCCGCAAUUUGCUGCGUUAUAAACAAAUGGCACUGGCGUCCCAGUAUUCCCAGAUUGAAAAUGAGCUGAGCAAACUGCCACAGGGCAAGGAUUGGUUACGUCCCGACGUGAAGAUCACAUACACACCCGUGGAAGGCGACUCGUCAUCAGAUGAAGACAUGGAUGAGGACGAGGAUGAUGGCGACGAGGCCAUGAAUGGCGAUGAGAGCGAGGAGGAGCAGGCUGCAACCAGUAGCGGGCGGGUAACCCGCUCCCAGACCCGCAAACAGCAGGCGGAACAGUUUGUGGAGCCGGAGGAUGGCUGGACGACUGUGCGUAGAAAGUAGAAUAAAUAAAAUCCACAUCCAAAUCAAUUUGUUAGUUAUAAAAA